CAGAACCAUUAUCUCCCUGCGUAAUCUGACAGUCUGUGCCAUUCGCUUCAAUGAGUAAAGUAGUGCGGCAUGGUUCAGAUUUAUGCGUGUAUAUGCAGGUCUUCCUGGCUUGGAUCAACUGAGGAGAGAUUAAGGGGGUUGAGAUCCAGACCAAGUGGUUGGCAUCUUGGUUCUGUGGGAUUGGCCCCUUACAAGAUGCAGUUCGGGAAGCAAGGAGGUUCGUCUCGACAAUCUCUUGCUGUGCACUUGAAUCAUGUGGCGCGUUCUCGGCUGCGCAAUCUUGCCCGCCGUGCAGGUGAGAGCACAGCCAGGUCUAGUGCCUUGGAACUCGAGUCCUGUAGGGCUGCAGGUGGAGCAGGGGAUGGAGCAGGGGCAAGAACAGGGAAUGAAGCUGACGGCACCUGUACGCCUGAGAAAGGUCCUUCGGGGAUUUUCAGAGGAGCAGCAGGACUGGAGCCCCACAUAAGCAGAGCACUUAACAAUGGCGUAGUACCUCUGAAAAAUGCAAAGGAAAAGGGCGCUGUGUUCAAUCGAUGCUUCGGAUUAUUUGAUCGGCACGUCCAGUCGGCGCUCAGUGAAGGCCUGCCAACAGAUGUCCACCUGUCGGGGACCCAUGCGAUCGGGCCGAGAACUACAGUGGACGUGGCAGUGAAUGCUACAUGCGCACAGUUGAUGGAGAUGAGGGUGAAGAUAACUCAGACGAGGAUUGGCCUGCUGCCUGUUCAAGCAAACCUGGCCAAUUGUAUGGGGCAGGUCUCUGCAGUGGUGGCUUCUGAUCUGUGGAAACGACACCAGAUUGCAGUCGAGGCAGCAUUCGGGGAGGAGACCGACGACCAUUCCUUGUCAACGAUCAUUGCGUCAGAUUUUAUCACCCAGCCAUCCUGGGGAAUUGCUUCAUCACAUAGGUACGAGACUAGCCCCUAUAGUAAGGAGCAGCAAGAAAAGAUGGCCGCCUUAGUCCAAGAGAAUAGGGAGAGGAAAGAACGUGAGAAGCAAGCGAAGCUCAAGGCUAUCGCAGACGAGCGGGCGGUGAAGAUGAAGGAAGUGGAGGAGGAGAUGAAGAAAAAGGAGAAGGCUGCUGAAGAAGAAGCGGCAGCAGAAGAAGAGAAAGAGAGAAUGAGGAUUGAGAGUGGAGAAGGAAGCAGUGGUGGCACGAUGAAGAGGGAGACAGAUAUUGAGAUGGAGAAGAAAAUUAGCGAGUGGGUCGCUAAUUUAUCGUUGGGUGAAGAGGAGGAGGCAGCGUCCUAUGUGACUGAGGAUGAGAGGGCUGCACUAGUCAGUGAGCUAGCAACGAUGACAGAUCCUAUGGAAAGGCGAGAAAGGGAGGAGGAGCAGAAAUUGGCAUGGAAGUUGAGGAUGAAGCGAGAGAAGAAGAGGAGGAGAGAGGAAGUGAGUAAAAUGACUGCAGAGGUAGCGAAGGUGCAAGCGUGCAGGCACGAGGUGUUGGCCCAGCCGGAUGAUAAGGCCAAGUGGGACAAGGUACUGGGGUACCUAGAGGUAUUGAGCAAGGCCUGGAUGGAGGAGCGCCAGGCAAGUUGGAGCCAGGAUGUAGCGUUGAGUGCCAUGCGGUCUGGUUUCAGGGAUUUUGCGCGCAAAAUCGUCACCCACAUUGGGGGCGAAGUCAAACAGUUGAGGGGCAAUGUAGGAAAGUUCUGUGAAGGCGCCAUUGAAUGUGCAAAAGUCAUAGCCGCUGUAGAUGGCGAGGCCAGACCCCGUAAGGAGCCUGUCAAGCUCAAGUUCCCAGACGCGUACGGGGGAAAGAAGGAGGAGAACUUGGACAACUGGGAGGCCAGUGUCAACAGUUACAUUUAUUUACAGCAUAUCCUGAUAGAGGAGCAAGUCCUCGUGGCCUUCCAGGCCCUGAAGGACGAAGCGGCUAGCUUCGCCARGUCCCUUGCGCGCGCAGCCGUAGUCUAUCUAGAUGAUAUCCUAGUUUUUAGUAAGACCCUCCAGGAGCACCAAGGUCAUCUGAGGCAGGUCUUGGAGAAGCUACGAGAGGCUAACUUCAAGAUCAACGCAAAGAAGUGUGAGUGGGCCAAGACCCAAGUUUUGUACUUGGGCCACGUGUUGGACGGAGAUGGCAUUAAGCCAGAGGACAGCAAGAUAGCGGCGAUUAGAGACUGGCCGAUGCCCCGCGCAUUGACAGAGUUGCGGUCGUUCCUAGGCUUAGCUAACUACUAUAGGAAGUUCGUGAGGAACUUCUCCACUAUCGCCGCCCCCUUGCGCAGACUGCUAAAGAAAGAGGCAAUCUGGCAAUGGGACAAAGACUGUACGUCUGCGCUCAAGAAGUUAAAGCGCGCGUUAAUAGAAUAUCCCGUCCUCAAAGUAGCAGAUCCGUCCUUGCCAUUUGUCGUUACCACGGACGCAAGUCAGUAUGGGAUAGGCGCCGUGUUGCAGCAACACGACGGCAAUGGCUAUAGACCCGUAGAGUUCAUGUCAGCGAGGAUGCCCUGUGAUAAAGUUGCUACCUCCACGUACGAGAGAGAACUCUACGCUCUCAGGCAGGCUUUAGACCAUUGGAAGCACUAUCUGCUUGGGAGGCACUUCAAAGUGUAUUCUGACCACGAGACACUUCGCUGGUUAAAGACACAGGCCAAGAUGACACCUAAGUUGACUAGGUGGGCCGCAGAGAAAGACCAAUUCGACUUUGAGCUCAAGCCAGUAAAGGGCAAAUACAACGUAGUUGCGGAUGCUCUGAGUAGGAGAUCAGACUACUUUGGAGCCGUAGUACACCAUCUGGAUAUAGGGAGAGACUUGCAGGAGAAAGUGCGGCAAGCAUAUGCGGAAGACCCUAUCUACAGCGACCUCCUAAAGAGAGUUAGAGAGGCCCCAGAGACUGAACCAGAUUACCGCACUACAGACGGGUUGCUGUUUGAGAAGACUAAUGUGUUUGACCGCCUGUGCGUUCCCAACAGCGAAGAGAUCCACAGUUUGAUUUUAGGGGAAUGCCACGAUACUGAAGGGCAUUUCGGUUGGCAAAAGACAUUAGCCAACCUGAUGCGUGCGUAUAUCUAGCCAGGGAUGAAGAAUGACUGCAUAGAGUAUGUCCGCAGUUGUAAAGUGUGCCAGAGGAACAAGUCUACUACACGCGCGCCCCUAGGUCUU